GAAUCAGCGGCGGCGGCGGCGGCGGCGGCGGCGGCUGAGGAAGGAGCGCGGUAGCCCAGGAGCGGCCCCGGGGACCCCGCGCUGCUGACGGCAGUGGCCAAGACUUGGCAGCGGGCACCGGUCUCGGAGGUGCCCGCCCCAGCACCGCCCCCCAGGCCUGCUCCCGCCCCUCCUCCCUCCUCCCGCCUUUCUACUCCCGCCUCCCUCUUCGCUCGCGGGCCCGGCCCGGCAUGGUGCGGCGUCGCCGCCGAUGGCGCUGAGGCGGAGCAUGGGGCGGCCGGGGCUCCCGCCGCUGCCGCCACCGCCGCCGCCGCCGCCGCUACUGCUGCUGGCGAGUCUCGCAGCUUUGCUUCUCCUGGAGCCCAACGCCGCAGGCCUGAAGCUCAUGGGAGCCCCGGUGAAGCUGACAGUGUCACAGGGGCAGCCAGUGAAACUCAACUGUAGUGUGGAGGGGAUGGAAGACCCUGAGAUACAGUGGGUGAAGGAUGGAGCUGUGGUCCAGAAUGUGGACCAGGUGUAUAUCCCAGUCAGCGAGCAGCACUGGAUCGGCUUCCUCAGCCUGAAGUCAGUGGAGCGCUCUGAUGCAGGCCGGUACUGGUGCCAGGUGGAGAAUGGGGAAGAAAUUCAGACCUCCCAGCCGGUGUGGCUCACGGUAGAAGGUAUACCAUUUUUUACUGUGGAGCCAAAAGAUUUGGCUGUGCUACCCAACGUCCCUUUCCAACUGUCUUGUGAAGCCGUGGGUCCCCCUGAACCUGUUACCAUUGUCUGGUGGAGAGGGGGCACAAAGAUUGGAGGACCCGCUCCCUCUCCCUCCAUUUUGAAUGUUACAGGGGUGACCCAGAGCACUGUGUUCUCCUGUGAAGCUCACAAUGUAAAGGGCCUGGCCUCCUCCCGCCCAGCCACAGUCCGCCUUCAAGUAUUGCCUGCAGCCCCUUCCAACAUCACAGUGACGAAGCUCUCCAGCAACAACGCUAGUGUAGCCUGGACUCCAGGUGCUGAUGGCCGAGCCCUACUCAAAUCCUGUACAGUCCAGGUGACUCAAGCCCCAGGAGGCUGGGAAGUCCUGGCUGUUGUGGUGCCGGUGCCACCCUUUACCUGCCUGCUCCGUGAUCUGGCUCCUGCCACCAACUACAGCCUCAGGGUGCGCUGUGCCAAUGCCUUGGGGCCUUCUCCUUAUGCUGACUGGGUGCCUUUUCGGACAGAGGGUAUAGCCCCAGCCAGCGCUCCCCAAAACCUCCAUGCCUUCCGCACAGACUCAGGCCUCAUCCUGGAGUGGGAAGAAGUGAUCCCUGAGAGCCCUAUGGAAGGCCCCCUGGGGCCCUAUAAACUAUCCUGGGUUCAAGACAAUGAAACCCAGAGUGAGCUGACAGUGGAGGGGACCAGGAUCAACUUGACAGGCUGGGAUCCCCAGAAGGACCUGACAGUGCGUGUGUGUGUCUCCAAUGAUGUUGGCUGUGGGCCCUGGAGUCAGCCUCUGAUAGUCUCUUCUCAUGACCAUGCAGGCCGGCAGGGCCCUCCCCACAGCCGGACAUCCUGGGUGCCUGUGGUCCUGGGUGUGCUGACUGCCCUGGUGACAGCUGCUGCCCUGGCCCUCAUCCUACUUCGAAAGAGACGGAAGGAGACACGGUUUGGGCAAGCCUUUGACAGUGUCAUGGCCCGGGGGGAGCCAGCUGUUCACUUCCGGGCAGCCCGAUCCUUCAAUCGGGAAAGGCCUGAGCGCAUUGAGGCCACAUUGGACAGUUUGGGAAUCAGUGAUGAACUUAAGGACAAACUGGAAGAUGUGCUCAUCCCAGAACAACAGUUCACCCUGGGCCGGAUGUUAGGCAAAGGAGAGUUUGGUUCAGUGCGUGAGGCCCAGCUAAAGCAGGAGGAUGGCUCUUUUGUGAAAGUGGCAGUGAAAAUGCUAAAAGCUGACAUCAUUGCCUCAAGCGACAUUGAAGAGUUUCUCAGGGAAGCGGCUUGCAUGAAGGAAUUUGACCACCCACACGUGGCCAAGCUUGUUGGAGUGAGCCUCAGGAGCAGGGCCAAGGGCCGUCUCCCCAUCCCCAUGGUCAUCCUGCCCUUCAUGAAGCAUGGAGACUUGCACGCCUUUUUGCUUGCCUCCCGGAUUGGGGAGAACCCCUUUAACCUGCCCCUGCAGACCCUGGUCCGGUUCAUGGUGGACAUUGCCUGCGGCAUGGAAUACCUGAGCUCCCGGAACUUCAUCCAUCGAGACCUAGCUGCUCGAAAUUGCAUGCUGGCAGAGGACAUGACAGUGUGUGUGGCCGACUUUGGACUCUCCCGAAAAAUCUAUAGUGGGGACUACUAUCGUCAAGGCUGUGCCUCCAAAUUGCCUGUCAAGUGGCUAGCCCUGGAGAGUCUGGCUGACAACCUGUAUACUGUGCACAGUGACGUGUGGGCCUUCGGGGUGACCAUGUGGGAGAUCAUGACUCGUGGGCAGACGCCAUAUGCUGGCAUCGAGAAUGCUGAGAUUUACAACUACCUCAUUGGCGGGAAUCGCCUGAAACAGCCCCCGGAGUGUAUGGAGGACGUGUAUGAGCUUAUGUACCAGUGCUGGAGUGCAGACCCCAAGCAGCGCCCAAGCUUCACGUGCCUGCGAAUGGAGCUGGAGCACAUCCUGGGCCAUCUGUCCGUGCUGUCCAGCAGCCAGGACCCCUUGUACAUCAACAUUGAGAAAGCCGAGGAGCCUGCUGAGGGAGGCAGCCUGGGCCUGCCUGGCAGGAAUCAGGCCAGCGAUGGGGCUGGGGAUGGCAGUGGCUUGGGAGCAGUGGGGGGCACCUCCAAUGACUAUCGGUACAUCCUUAGCCCCGGCGGGCUGAACGAGCAGCCUGGGCAGGAGGAGCAGCAGCCACCAGAGAGCCCCCUUAAUGAGGGCCAGAGGCUGCUGCUUCUGCAGCAAGGGCUACUACCCCACAGUAGCUGUUAGCCCACACGCCGAGGGCAGCUGGGGCCAUCCGCUGGCUCUGCUGGCAGACUAAGCCCCUUCUGACCCCAGCCCGGUAUCAAGGUGUGGAGGCUCCUGUGGUAGUCCUCCCAAGCUGUGCCGGGAAGCCUGACUGACCAAAUCACCCAAUCCCAGUUCUUCCUGCAGCCACUCUGGCCAGCCUGGCGGCAGUUCAGACCCUGGCUGGGUGGAGGUAGGCCAGGCCUGGUUGUCAGAACCCAGGCAGCUGACAGGAGGGGGUGGUGGUUAUGUUUCCAUGGUUACCAUGGGUGUGGAUGGGAGUGGGGGGAGGGAAGGUCCAGCCCUGUGGGCCCCUACCCUCCCAGCUGGGUUGCCCCUGCUGCUUUAGUGCAUGCAUUGAGCCACCUCCAGCCUGGAGUCCCAGCUGAGUCCAUGCCUGGGUUUAAAUGCCCAAGUUUGCCCUUCUGAGUCACACAGAAAAGCCCUUGUAUUAUCCUCCUUUAGGUGAGAGUUGAUAAGGGGUUGGUA